AGGGCGGGGCGGGGCCUCCCUGCGGGCCUGCGCGCUGCUGGGGCCGCGCCUGCGCAGUGCGCCCGAGCCGGAGGGACCAGGGUCACCCUGAGCUGAGACGGCGCCGCUAUGUUGGAACGGUUCGUGGGCCCGCGCUACCGCCAGCUGGCCAGAAACUGGUUACCCACAGUGGGCAUGUGGGGCACCGUGGGAGCCCUGGGGCUGGUGUGGGCCACUGACUGGCGGCUGAUUCUGGACUGGGUGCCCUACAUCAACGGCAAGUUCAAGAAGGACGAUUAAUUAAACCCAUCCCCCUCGGACCCCUCCGGUGUCUGGUGGUGCUGCCCCCUUCCAUCUGCAUCUGGAACGGCCCAGGCUCUUGGGAUUGACCUCGAGGAAAUACACGGCGCGAGUUAGGUUUCCUACGUUGGUGGAAAUAACUUUGGUGUGUGAACACACAUGGCAUUAAACCUCACCCUGAAA